AAGCCACCGCAAGAACCAGUAGAAAUAGAAGGGGAGAAACGUGCAUCAGUCGGGAAACCAGCUGGUUGUCAUACUACGGGGUCGUUGAGAACGGAUGCUGAAGUCGAGCAGCUACAAAGGCGGCACCUGAGCGAGCAGCAACAGCUACAACUGGAGCAACUGGACCAGCUCAAAGCCUUCAAAGAGCAGCUACUGCGUGACCUCUUUACACAACUGUCUCCUCAACAAAGACCACGACCUCCUCCGAUACAGUCUUUCCCGCCCAGCCUCUCCCUGCCCAAUAGACCCCAGUUACAUCUCUCUGCCACUCACCUCUGUGGAGACUUUCCUCCCUCGGUUCCAGGCAACCCCAGUUCUACACCAGGUGGCCGUGGUGACAUUACACCACUCCCUCCAGUUUCGACACUCAAUCGUACUCCAGCACCAUCUCCAGUCUCACGUCACACACCAGACAAGACCCCUACCAGACAGUUUCCUUCGGUCCAUUCUCUACUGCCCACCUCACCACACAAGUUUUCUCCCAGCUGUGAGGCGGCAAAGACUUCACCCCCACACUCCCUCCCCAACUCCCCCACCCCGCCCUCUUGGUCCCUGGAAAACUCUCUUGAAACGCCUGUCCCACGCUGCAGUGAACGGAAUCCAACACAACAACUUCGUUUCUCUCCAUUCUCGCCACAAGGACCAGUACGGGAUGAACACCAACCGAACUCCUCCCAAGAAACUCGCUCCUUCAAUCAAACCCAAUUCCCAGUUUGUCCUGUACCUCGCCGGGCAUGGGUGAACGGAGGUGUUGCUACACCACCCAAUCACACUAGAGCAGAGCUCUUUCAGAAACACGCUAGGCAAUUUGAAGACCUCAAGUCCUAUUAUAAUUCGCAGAUGGUCCAGCUUCAAUCAGCCAACGACCAGCACGAAAACAACGCUACGCCAAUGCAACCACUGAUCAUGAUUCCCUCUUCAGAAGAUCCAGUGUAUGUGGAUGCUGCUGUUGGGAGGAGGAGCCUAGAAGUUCACUCACACCCCAGUCCUCCCUCUCCUGUACCACCAGGAGUUGCCUCACCACAGACCCAGCUCCAGAAGGGAGCCUUCGCCAGACUGGCAGCCGACAAUGAACAACUGAUGGCCAAGUGUGCGGAUAUGGAGUCGACAUUACACCAGUGCAACAUGGUAAACAGAGCCCUCGAGAAACAGUUGGAUAAGCAGAAAGAGUACUGGUUGGAGUGGCAGGCCCAGGACGAGAUGUACACCCACACCAUCAGUGUCCUACAGGACAAGCUGGGUGCCUGCAGGACGCAGUUGAAGCAGCAGGACGGCAUGGUGGAGCAACUCCAGGCGGACCUUCAGGUGUCUGUCGGAGAGAUUCAGUUCUGGAAGGAACAGCAGGUGCAAGAGGCUGGGAAAUUGAAGAAGCUGUGUGUGGAGUUUGAAGAGCUGCAGACAAAGAACGAGAGACUGGAAUCGUCGCAGGCUUCUCUCAGGGAGGAGCUGAUGUCCGCUCGCAGGGAACUCGGGAGGACGGAGGCUGCCGCUAAAGCCAGCGCCGCCGAGGAAAAAGAACUGAAGAGUACAAUUCAGAAGCUGGAGGACAAGAUUCGUCACUUGGAACACGUCAACAAUCGCCUGCACGGCCAGGCAACCCACUACUCUCUGGGGUCUUCAUGUCCGAACACCCCGGAUGACGACAAGUUGUGGCGGCGUCCUCGCUCUGCAGUGAACACUCCAUCGUCGUCACACCCUCCCCAAACUCCCACCUCUCCCCUCUCCACCCCUCCACUACCUCUGAGACAUCCCCACACCUCCGCAUCUCCCCACACUCCCCCCUCGUCCACCCACCACCAAGCCCCACACCCCUCCGAUUCCUCAAAAUCGUCUCCACUAAACAGACGAAAGUGGCUCCAACCCAGCGACCCAGGUCUGAUACUGGGCACCCCAUCUCCCUCCCUCCCUCACUCCCCUCCUCCCCAUUCUCACCACCAUGGAAGCCACACCCACUACCAGUCUGAUAUUACGUCAUCGCCUCUGCUCCAGUCCACCGGACAGUCAAUUUCACGGCAGUUGUCUGACAGUGGCAGCAGUAACGAAGGGGAGGACCCUGCUUCGUUAACCAAACAGGGCUACAUCAACAGCAGCAGUAAGAACGGUGGACAAUCGUCCAGGGAGAGAGGCGGUGAAUAUUCUCUGGUGGCAUCCACUCUAUCAGCAAUUCAGAGAGGGAAGAUCAGGACAGACGCGUCAACCGGUGGGAAGUCAAGAAAAGAUGAUGAAAAAGAGAGUGUGGAGGAGAGAGUUAGGCGCAGUCUUCGCGUGGUGGCCACGGCAGAAGAGAAACUGGAGCAGUUACGCAGAGAGAAAGAAAGCUUGGAGUCACAGUUGCAGAGGACUCCGAGACAUGGAAGUCGUGUCACUAGACACAGCAAACAGGCCCAGCUGGAAAUGGAGGAGAGGCUGGAGGUGGUGCUGAAAGAGAUUGGCUCCGUGAAGAUGACCCUUCGCAGCCACCACGCCUUCCACAAAUGACUCACUAUAAUUAUAUUCCACUCACUUUAUUAUUAUUAUUAUCGUGUGCAACAAAGUUUCGGUAUAUAUAACGAAUGGACAGAAGAGUUAGAGUAUUUUGAAUGUUUUAGAUGGCUAGAGGGUUGGCGUGUAUUGUGAUUCUCCUGAGGCGGAUCUCGGUCAGAGGUCUGAAGUUUUUCUCGUGUACCGGCACCUUCUCCAAGUCGUCCAGCGUCUCCCAUCCAUCUAUUACCCUGUGUUGGCGUACAUACAAAACAACUGCAGACCCACUGCAUUGAGGUUGUGGGUGACUCACUUGCCAAACAUUGUGUAUUUCAUGUCCAGAUGUGGCUGCUUGGAGUACGUGAUGAAAAAUUGGGAGCCGUUUGUGUCUGGUCCUUGGUUUGCCAUCGAAACCACACCCCUCUUGUUAUGCUACAUGAAAUACGGCACAGAUAAUGCCAGGUAGCUGUAUACUGGAGAGAAGUGAUGCAAAC